UACAUUUGAUUUGUUUGUUUUAUAUUCUUGAUACGAAAAAUCAGAAUAAUUAUAAAUUGCAUCAAUUGUAAUGACAAAUGUUAGUGUUUUACUGCUAAUCUUAGAGGUCAUUUUGGCUGCUUUUUUCGUCGAAGUGACAUCUUACAACCGUCCACCACCACGAGAACCACUCUCGGUUCCUACGGAUUCUUAUGGCUCCACCACUCCUCAACAGGUACAUAUCUCUAUGGUGGGAACAGAUCGUAUGAGAAUAACAUGGAUUACUCGAGAAGCAGCUUCUUCGAAAGUAGAAUAUGGUACAUCACCCGGAGUGUAUGAUAUUUCUGUUGAUGGGAGUUCUACAACCUAUGAAUAUUUAUUGUACAAGUCCGGCCAAAUCCACGAGGCCAUCGUCGGCCCUUUGCGGCCUAAUACGGUUUAUUACUAUAGGUGUAGUCAAGAUCCUUAUCGCGACUUCGCUUUCAAGACUGCCCCUGCUCAGUUGCCUAUCAAUUUUGUUGUUAUAGGUGAUUUAGGGCAGACUGGAUGGACAAAUUCAACACUAAGACACAUAUCACAAUCUAAUUACGACAUGCUCUUACUCCCGGGUGACUUAUCAUAUGCAGACUACUGGCAACCAAAAUGGGACUCAUUUGGGCGGCUAGUAGAACCCUUAGCUAGCAAGAGGCCUUGGAUGGUGACCCAAGGAAACCACGAGGUGGAAAAGAUGUCAAUAAUACAUGACACACCCUUUACCUCUUACAAUGCUCGAUGGCACAUGCCUUUCGAGGAGAGUAAGUCUCCCUCCAACCUAUAUUAUUCCUUUGAUGUGGCAAGUGAAGUUCAUGUCAUCAUGCUUGGUUCUUAUACCGACUUUGGCCAAGGAUCGAGCCAAUAUAUAUGGCUUGAGAGUGACUUGAACAAGGUCGACAGAAAGAAGACACCAUGGGUUGUGGUUCUAGUUCAUGCACCAUGGUAUAGUUCUAACAAGGCGCAUUCAGGGGAGUAUGAAUCCGUUGGUAUGAGAAAGGCCAUGGAGCAAUUACUUUAUCAUGGAAAGGUUGAUCUUGUCUUUUCUGGCCAUGUGCAUGCUUAUGAGCGCUUUACUCGUGUGUAUAAUGGAAUAGCAAACAAGUGUGGCCCUGUGCAUAUCACUAUAGGGGAUGGUGGCAAUCGUGAAGGUCUUGCUACUGAGUAUACGGAACCAAAGCCUGAGAUCUCCAUAUUCAGAGAAGCAAGUUUUGGGCAUGGACAAUUACAAGUUGUCAACUCAACACAUGCACAAUGGACGUGGCAUAGGAAUGAAGAUAGUCUGUCUAUAGCAACUGAUUCUAUUUGGUUGACCACCGUAAUUUCUGAUCCUGAUUGUAAUCCUCAACACAAUAAAUUUUAAACUUAGGUUAGGUUUAAGAUUUUAGAUACAUUGUUACACAAUCACACAUAUUACGUACUUGGUUUAGAAAUUUAUACCAUUAAUAAAGAAUUGAAAGCAUAAUUGAUUA